AUGCUUUCAGAUGCCUUUCAUAAACUGUCGUUUGAAGAAAGGCAAGAACAGCAAGACGCCUUACACGGGGUGGAUGACAAGAUUCAAGAAGAAGCAGCUCUUAUUGAGAAUUCACUGAAGGAAUUAGACGACCAUCUGAAUCGUACUAAAAGAGGAAGCGUCUACGAAAAGGCAGAAACUAUGAAUCCAGCUUAUGCUCAUGCUAGAGCUUUCCGCCUAAUGUUUCUGAGAGGGAACCGAUACGAUGCCAAGGCAGCGGCAAACCAGAUGAUCCGAUUCUUUGCCCAGAAAGAAAAGAUAUUCGGAACCGAAAAGUUGGUAAAAGACAUUUCGAUUGCAGAUCUGGAUCAGGAUGAUCUAGACUUUCUCAAGUCAGGUUGUUUGCAGCUUGGUGGGAAGGAUAUGUCGAAUAGACAAAUCAUCAUUCAAUUUCCAGGCAUCCGAAACUUCAAAAUGAUACAGAAUGAGUUGCGGGCAAGGUACUUCUUAACCAUGAUUGCGUUGGAGUCUGAAGAAGUCCAAACACGUGGGGCGGUGGCAAUUACCUACACCGUCGGUGAAUAUAGGGAUAGCAAAGAGGGAGGGGGAUACCUGGAAAAUAUGCGUUUAGCGAUGUCAAUUCCAAUCUACAUUGCAGCCAAUCUAAUGUGCUGUGACGAAUAUGCGGAAUAUUUGCUUGCCAGCACUGUAGUGAAAGCGAUGCCUGUGAAGCUUCGGGCUCGCUUCCGCUCGCAUUAUGGUAGCCAUGUGGAGUGCCAGUAUCAGCUGUCAACAUACGGGAUACACCCUGGUUUGAUACCGCUUGAUCCCAUGACAUUUGCCCUUCGCCUUGAACGUCACUUGAAUUGGUUCCACUCAUUAUUAACGGCUUCCCCCAAAAAUAGUACUAUAUCGGAGCAAUCCGAUCUGCUCGUCAGAUCAGAGACGCCCGAUGACGUCCUGUUUCUCGGGGGCACGAAGAGCAACAAUGUGGGGAAUCUCCGCCUUCGAUCUCUCGUGAAGGUAUUAACACCAUCAUAUAGUUCUGCUGUGAAUGACAAAAAGAGAGUGAUAGUAGAUGGAAUGAUCAGCGAUAUUCACAAGUCUGGAGGACGUUUUCUGAAACAGGUCAAAGGGCCACAACCUUGGAGCGAGCUGACCGUGGAGGAAACGAGGAAGAAAAUCGCACAGGCAUUCAGGAACCAUAGGCGUCGACCAAAUGCUACCCAACAGAAGGAAGCAAUUGGAAACCCCAUCGCCGACUCCCCUGGCCCAAACGAUAUCGUCUUUGGCAAGACGCAAAAAAAUCGAGGGCGUGAGUUACUACAGCAUCUCAUCAAAGAUUAA